AUGCUGAGAACCGCAAUUCGAGUGAGAAUAGGGCGACCUGCCUCAUCAACUCGGUUCAAUCACUCCUUAGGAUCUCAGCAGCAGAGCAGCAGUCCACAGCCUGGUGGUGGCGCUGACGCGAAGCCUAAAACCGUGUCAUUUGGUUUCAAAACGGUCCCUGAAGACCUCAAAGAAACUCUUGUUAAAAAUGUAUUCGACUCAGUCGCCUCGAAAUACGACCUGAUGAACGAUGCUACGUCUUUCGGUGUUCAUAGGUUGUGGAAAGACUCUUUUGUGUCGUCCCUGAGGCCUGGCCGAAAGGGACCUUUGAAAUGUAUAGAUGUGGCUGGUGGAACGGGCGACAUCGCACUUCGAAUUUUGGACUACGCCAAAGACAACUAUUACGACAGGGAGACCACUGUGGAUGUCGUGGAUAUCAAUGCUCAAAUGUUGAAGGAAGGUUACCGGAGAUUCAAGCAAACUAUGUAUCACAAUACACCACAGAUAUCUUUUCAUGAAUCAAAUGCCCAGGAUCUGGGUGCAGAAAAAUUCAAAGAUAACACAUAUGACCUAUAUACAAUUGCUUUUGGGAUUCGCAAUUGCACCGAUAUCCCAGCUGUAUUACGCGAAGCAUACCGUGUCUUGAAGCCAGGAGGGACUUUUGCUUGCCUCGAGUUCAGCAAAGUGAACAACCCUCUAUUGAGCACGUUAUAUGAUCAGUAUUCAUUUACUGUCAUCCCUUUACUUGGCACCAUUCUGGCAGGAGAUCGUGACUCAUAUCAAUACUUGGUGGAGUCUAUCCGCAAGUUUCCUCCUCAACAAGAAUUUGCUCAAAUGAUCAGAGAUGCUGGGUUUUCCACUGGGAAAGACGCUGACGGAGGAGCCUGGACAGAUCAGUGGGGUGGUAUUGCAUGCGUUCAUACCGGUGUUAAGCUAUAG